UGUUUGUGGUCCUGGGCACCUGUAUCGCCGUCCAGCUUGGCACUAACCCCGACUGGAUGUUCUUCUGCUGCUUUGCCGGCAUGUUCAUGUUCUACUGUGCCCACUGGCAGACCUACGUAUCGGGCACCCUGCGCUUUGGCAUGUGAGUUGGGGGGGGGGGGGGGUACAAACCAGGCAAACGGCCAGGACAAGAGCAUCAUGCCUGAUGUUCCAGGGGCCAUAUUUAUAAAGCAUCUCAGACUAGGAGUGCUGAUCCAGGAUCAGGUCCCCCCUCUUAUUCUUUCUGAAUAAAAAUGCAAAACUGAUCCUAUAUCAGCACUCCUAGUCUGAGAUGCUUUAUGAACACAGGUCCUGAAAUUUAGAAAUAAAAUAGCUAUGUAAUUGCACCCUUUAGUAUUUGUCUAGUAUGUAUGCAACCGUGGGAACAGAGCUACCUGGUCUUUUCCCUGGUGGGCAGAUUUGAUGUCAGAGUAUCUGAUCUGUGUAGCACUGUUACAGACAUGCACACCCACGUUUGGGCCCGGGUUCUGGAACUUGACGGUAAAACGAGAGCAUAAUCCGUGUGACUUCCCUGUUGAAGAUAACCCUUGUGUCCAUAAGGCAAUCAGGCCCCACUUCCUGCACAUACUGCCCCCAUAGCCAACGUUGUCCUAUUGCAUAGGAAUUGUACAACUUUUUCAUAGACCCUGUUUCAUUCAUUCUCACAUCGCUUUGAUACAGGAAUUUGGUAUUUGAUAGAGAUGACUCAAUUUGAUUAGAUAUGAGCUAUCCUAGAUUACGUUGAUCUCUGUUGACUACUGGAAUCAUUUUAGGAUGCAGAUGGAAUUCACAUAAAGGUUUGGGCCAGUUAUAAUUUACGACAAAUGUUUUGGGCCCACCACAAACAUUUGUGCAGUGCUUUGAGGUCAUAGGCUAUAUUUUGACCUCAAACUAAACCUGUUUAUUCUGAUUGUUUUUAACAAUGAUAGUUCUGUCAUGACAGCUAGUUCACCCAGUACAUUUCUGUACCAGCAGCCGUGUUGACAGUGACACCAGGACUUAAGCAGCUGAUUUUAGAUUUAGAUGGGACUUCACAUAUCAACAUUGGCUAAUCCGAUUGGCUUUCGGGAACAACCACAAGGACAAGGGAUGAAUGUCCUUGGAGUAUGGUUAAUUUUUAUUUAACAAUAUGAUUUGAUAUGAUGUAAGCCCUUGACAGAGUAAGUAAGCGCUAAGUAGGAUGUCAGACAGAAUAAAAAAAUAAACUAUCAGAUCAGGUUCCUCUCAGCCUUUGGAGGGAAAUCUUCUUUACAUCCCCCACACACAUUCACAACCAAGAGGAAUGGGUGCAGUUUGUGCAGCACCUGCUAGGGGGUGCUAUGUGCAUGUUUUUCAUGAGUGCUGUGUGAAAUCACUAAUGGUUGCUCAUGAUUCCUCUGUCUCUCUUCCCAUUCAGCGUUGAUGUGACUGAAGUGCAGUUCUUCAUUAUAAUCAUGUAUUUACUGGCUGCCAUCGGAGGAUCAGCUUUUUGGCAGUUCUUGGUAAUGCAUUUAACCCAUUUGAUUCAGCAAAUUAUGGUCUGUUUCUACUGCUUGGAUUUGAAAAAAAUGACACUAAUGCUAAUAUGUACAUGCAUUGUAGUUUGAUGCAUUUGAUCUGGCAUGUUGGUUGAAGUGUUAAGACUCACGUCCUGGUUGAUGAUUGUGUGAAUACUUCAGAAAUGCAUCCUUUCCUUGUUUCCUGGAGGUAAGCACAAAUCUAUAAGUGAUUGGAUAGGUGAAAGCCAGGUUACCGGCCUAUACUUUCACCAAUCCAACAAAUUCUGAUCUGUCUUUACUUAAAGGAUGGUAGGAAGGAAGGAUGCAUUUCGAAAGUAUUGGAACAAGGCUCUUACUAACCACCCAAACACACACAGAUCCCUGUGGCGAACAUCCAGAUUAAGAUCAUUCCAGCCAUCCUCACUGUGGCAGGAGCCAUCUUUUCCUGCACCAACUACUUCCGGGUCAUAUUCACGGGAGGCAUAGGAAAGAACGGAUCCACCAUAGCGGUAAGACGUGAUCCAUCCUUGCUGAUGAGGAUCCAGUUGAAUUGUAUGGCUGAUAAAAGGUGACUUAGUACAGUCUAGGAAGGAAGGUUAUAGUCCUGCUGCUCAUUGCAUUGGUUAUUUCAUCUUAGGUAGUAAUAUGAUAUGGGUGGCAGGCACAGGAGGUUGGUGGCACCUUAAUUGGGGAGGACGGGCUCGUGGUAAUGGCUGGAGCGGAAUCAGUGGAAUGGUAUUUGAUGGUAUCAAAUACAAAUGCCAUUCCAUUUGCUCGGUUCCAGCCAUUCUUAUGAGCCGUCCUCCCCUUAGCAGCCUCCUGUGGCGGCAGGUAGCCUAGCGGGUAGAGGCGAAUCCCGGGUCUGAUGGGUAAAAUCUGGUGAGAAGUGAGCUGCUAUUGUGCCCUUGAGCAAGGGACUUAACCCCCCACAACAACUUCUCCACGGGUGCCUUGCUCCAAUCUCUCCAACCUGUGUCUUUCGGUUGGGCUUUGUCAAAUUUCGGUUGGACUUUGUGUACAAUUGACGAAUAAAGUGAACUUAAUCUCUUAAUCGUAAUUACAAUUACUAUAUAUAUCGUACAGUGUGUCAAGCUUAAUUAAAAAAACAUCAACAGCAUUUGUUUUUGUUCUGGCCAGUCUUUUCUAAUGCUUAAAGGGCGACUGCACUUCCUGAUUUGGUUCAUUAAGAAACACUAAUUGAAACGCGAGUUGGUUUCGGGGUGUGGUUUGAUGUGGGUGUCUCUUGUGUGUGUUCGCAGGUGGGAAGAGUUAGCCAAAUGAUUUAGCCAAUUAGCUUUAGCCGACUGGUGUGCGACCAUGGCAAAGUUGGUUUGAUUUUAGGUAGCCUAUCUCUGGGGAUAGUGAAGAAUAUCAAUAAAUUACACAAUGUAAAUUAAACAAUAAAUUGUUUUCAUUUUGCACAUAUUUUAGUUGUCUCAUUUAAAUUCUUUCAAUAUUUGUAUAUACAUUUCUACAACUUAUAGUUGGGUUGAGGUUGUUAUUGAAAUUUGGAGCUAUUAUACUUUUAAAAUAUUGUCCCAUGUACAUUGUGUAAUUUACUGAUUGUCCCUAACUAGCCCCAUAGGGAUAUCUAAUGUCAAACCAAAUUGACCAUGGGCAUAACGAUCAGGUCGUGUGCAGCUAUGCUCCGAACUGAUGAUUACUUGGGUGAUGCCAGCUGUGGGCAUGUGGACAGGAUUAAAAUAAACCCAACCCAAGGAAAACUGUUAUGGUACCCUUCAUUCCGUGACAUAGAGCCAUGACUACAUGGAACUCUCUGCCACCCCAGGUAACUCAAGCUAGCAAUAAAACCAGAUUCAAAAACCAGAUAAAAGAACGCCUUACGGCACAACAUGGACUGUGAAGAGAGAGAGACAUUUUUAUAUAUUUUGUAUUGUAUUUUGCACUGUAUUGUAUUAUGUAGGUAAGUGACCUUGCACGAGCCUUGGCUUGUGCGAGCCGGAAUGGCUCAAAGGGCAGGACCCAUCUCCUGUUUCUGAAGCGUGAGGCAGAAACAUGAGAUUACGCAGAUAAAGUAUUAUAGAAUUAUUAUGGUGGAUCGAACUGCACAGGUGGCCUACUUUUUGAAGUGAUUUGUUUGACGAGCAGAUGAAAACAUCACACUACACACAUGAUAUGAGAAACAGCCUGCGCAGACCGCAAAAACAACAGUAAACAGGAUAAGAUGUUCACAUGCCACAGUAUCCCAUUUUAGAUCAGCAUAUCCCAGGCAUCUUACCUGGGUUUCUCAUAACCGGGAUACAAGCUUUUUCGGGUUAUUGUAAAUGGGACAUGAUGUUUGUGUGUCAACUCAAACACAGAAUACUUGAAUAUCUCGAAUAAUAACAGGAUAUUGGUGUGCAUGUAAACGUGGUCACUGAUUUGAAGUGGAUUUAAAAGGUGACAUCAAUAAGGGAUCAUAGCUUUCACCUGGAUUCACCUGGUCAGUCUGUCAUGGAAAGAGCACGUGUUGUUAAUGUUUUGUACACUCAGUGUAUAUUAUGUUAUUAUAUUAUGUAUUUUAUUUGUUGUGUGUUGUUUCCUGUUUGGACCCCAGGAACAGUAGUUGGGGAUCCUAAUAAAUACUAAAUACUUUUUUGGACGAGGCUGACUUUAUGAUACAAAUUAUCCUAUUUACACUUUGUAGUCAAUUUUGACACUAGAAUAAAUGUUUCUGACUUAUAUCGAUGCCACAUAGGGCAUUUUCAAAACAAGAUGUUGCUUUUUAGGGGCAGUCUCUCUUUAAAUACCACAGCACAUCGCAUUCUUAAUUUCUUGGCCUCCAUAAAAUGGUGACAACGGAUGCUUUUUCAUUUAUUUCAGCCAAGCCACUGACCUCUCUGCAGAGCUUUACCUUGCAGUUUAUUGAUCACUUUAGAGAAGGACAAGAAUGGUGGCAUUUUCAGCUAGGUACAGUGAUUGGGGCGGCAGGUAGCUUAGUGGGUAAGAGCGUUGUGCCAGUAACCGAAAGGUCGCUGGUUCUAAUCCCCGAGCCGACUAGGUGAAAAAUCUGUCGAUGUGCCCUUAAGCAAGGCACUUAACCCUAAUUGCUCCUGUAAGUCGCUCUGGAUAAGAGCGUCUGCUAAAUGACUAAAAUGUAAAUGUAAAUGAUUGUGACAUCCAUGUCCCGUCUUCUUCCUCAGGGAACGAGUGUCCUGUCACCGUUCUUCCACAUAGGGUUAGUUAUCACUCUGGCUGUCAUGAUCUACAAGAAGUCUGCGUCCCAGCUGUUUGAGAAGCACCCAUGUCUCUACGUCCUGGCCUUUGGGUUUGUGUCGGCCAAGAUCACCAUCAAGCUAGUGGUGAGGAAGCAGAUGGCCUGAAACAUGAAACACUGAAAGAGCCAGGUUACUUUCCAAUAUCCACACUAGUAUACCACUUGGAAUACAUGUCCAAUAUUUUGCUUUAUUCUAUAUGGUAUGUUCGUGUGGAUGUUUGAACAUUGGCCUAAUGUGCCCUGUUUUAGUUGUGUUAACUCAGGUUUAAAGCUAAAAUCUGGGAUUCGUUAUUCAGCAAAAUAGCAGCCUUGCUUGUUUUGGUAUACAGCUGUCGGCUCGAGUAAAUUACCUUUGAAAGUCUGUUAGUGUGCUGCACUAUAACUCACCUUGCAUUGAAUCCCAACUCUAGUCCAAUGUUUUUGGACUCAAUAUAGUUUUUCCUUCUUUACCUUAACACUGCCCCAUCUUCUUUUUUUUAUUUUAUUUUUUACAGGUGGCUCAUAUGACGAAAAGUGAGAUGUCUCUCCAUGACUUGGCUUACCUGGGGCCAGGGCUGCUCUUCUUGGACCAGUAUUUUAACAGCAUCAUAGACGAGUACUUGGUCCUCUGGGUGGCACUAGUAAGUCUACACCUCAAUCGCUUCAUCCAUUUGCACGUACCAAGCCAAUUGAAACCUAAAUGAAAGUUAGGAUUCUUUCCUUUUACUUAGUUUGCAGUACAAUGUAGAUGCCUAGCUUACAUUUGUGCCAAUUAGUUUUUUUGAAGUUGUAUAUUUUUUGGGUUUGGACCCCAGGAGGAGUAGCGGCUGCCUUGGCAGCAGCUAAUGGGGAUCCUAAUAAAAUACUAAAUACUUUUCAGGGGGGAUUUAUUCAAAAGAUGAUAGACACACAAUAAAAAACACAACCAAUUUUGUAUAUAGGUAGCUUUCAAUUUACUUUAUUUGACACCCAUCCUCUGUCUUGUUUCUUUCCAGUUCCUAUCCAUCUUUGACUUGGUGCGCUACUGCGUCAGCGUCUGCAACCAGAUCGCCUCUCACCUGCACAUCUUUGUAUUCAAGAUCAAACCCCCCAACCUGCGGCCAGUCGCUGCCUCCCAGUCAGGCAAAGAUGUGUGG